AUGUCUGAUUCUAACAAGUUAUUCGAAGUUCUUGCUUCGUGUAUCGGACCGACACCAUUGCCAUAUGUAUGUCGAAUGUAUAUGGAUCUUUCGAUUCUUCCACCAUCGGUUUUAUCAUCUGAUUCACGUGCACAAAUUAUUCAAACUGCUGUAAAUGAACGUUUUGAAAGUCAAUUUACGAUUGUUCAAAUUCGGACAUUAACAAAUCUUAUUGCUAUGAAUAUUUCGUUUCAACUUGAUCAAAAGUCCUUGGAAGAACAUAAAACCCAAUGCUCAAAUUCUCGUGAUGACGGUGUACAAAUUCGAAAGUCAAGAACAUCUGGAUUUUUAGCUUCAUACCAUCCUUGUGGUGUGUCAAUUGGCUUUACAGAAGCCAUCAAAGCGGAGGAAAUGAGGUCUAUUAGAAGGCAUUUAUUGCGUUCAAUUAUACAUGGUUGUGAAAUGACCGAAGCGCUUCUUUAUGAUUGUGCUUGUACACUUAAAUUGCAUUGGAACAAUUGGUUAGAAACUGACAUGUUAAAGUUAACAGAUAUAACACGACAACUUCCGAAAAUAUGUGAAACAUUUGGUGCAUUAGAUAAACAUGAUGAAAAUACUGAUGUAGAAUCUCAUGGAAUAGAAGAUUAUAAUGAAUUAGCAAUAGAAGAAUAA